AUGGGAGAUCCUAGCAGUUUCACGCUUCCUUGUUUGAUUGGAAAUAUGUCUGUUAGCCAUGCAUUCGCUGACUUGGGAGCGAGUAUCAACCUUAUGCCCUAUAAGGUUUUUACAAAGUUUGAUCUAGGUGAGUCGUCGCCUACACGUAUGAGCAUUCGACUAGCAGAUCGUUCUAUCAAGUAUCCACGUGGAUUUGUUGAGAAUAUGCUUGUUAAGAUUGACAAGUCUAUGUUUCCAGUGGAUUUUGUUAUCCUGGAUAUGGAUGAGGACUCUAGGGUGCCUUUGAUUCUCGGACGUCCGUUCUUGAAUACUGCUCAGACCAUUGUAGAUGUAGCUGCAGGGCAGAUUACACUUCGAGUGAAUGAUGAGCAUGUGACCUUUGACAUCAAGCGGUCAAUGCAGCACCCGCAGAGUCAGGAUGAUGCGCUUUACUAUGUCGACAUUGUUGGCACGUAUGUGAGCACACAUUUCUAG